CUGCUUGUGAUUUUCGUUUCUCCUCCUGUUUAUAAUCAGUAAUCUAAUAAAACUUACUUUUAAAUUUUUAUUGUAGCAGCUGUAUCGAUAAAACGCAAACGUUGCGCGUAUAGCAGAUGUUAGAAACCGCAAUACCAACAAAGUCAGGCAGACCACCUGAGACCAUCCAUCAUCCAUGGACGCAGAGCUGGAGCGAACCCUGCGCCUGGCCGUGGCGCACAGGCAGUUUAGUGAUUCCUUGGAUGCUGAAUUCUCACCCGACCCACCCGCCCUGCAGCUGCCAUAUCUGGGUCAGAGCCGCAUCCCUGACAUCUCUCUCCUACAACUCCGUCAGCAUGUUCCAGCAGCCAGCUCGUCCGACACAGAGGAAGUGCUGCGCAUCCGUCAGCACAUUCAGCAGAUGGACGCCACAACCCUCGCCCGCUUGGAAGCGCGUCUCCAGCCCGAGGAGAUCAUGCGUGAGUACCUGACCCUGCCGCAGCUGCAGCAGGCGACGGUGCUGGAGGAUGAGCCGCCGGAUGUGCAUCACGCAUGGAGUUAUCCGCCGCUGGAUUUCGAGAUGGUCCUCGAACGCGAUCCCUUCAACCGGAAUCCCGCUGCAUGGCGCGAGAUUGACACAAAUGGGAUGGAAAUGAACAGUCGCAACUCCGCUGAUUUCCGGCGAGAACCAACUCAACCCGGAGAGAAUUACCUUUUCGGAAGUGUAACGCAGAUGCCGUUUGUUCCCGGAGGCAUGGAGAGUGCGUUUAGCGAGAUUGACAGGUUCGCACUUCCGUCCCAGGAAAUGCUUGAAGAAGGCCGAGAAUAUUUGAAAAAUUUCGAUAAACUACCACAGUGUCCACCAGAAUUUGCUGAUAACGAGGAAUUCUUUUUUAACGCUUCGGAAUCUGCUUUUGCUAAACUGCCUUUCAUUAAUGGACUGAACGACCUGUUGAGUGAAAAGGAACUGGAUUUACUGAAAAAGUGGCAGGCCGUCCAGCCAGUCACUGGCGCGAAUAAGGUAGCAGAUGAGCGGUUGUGGAAAGACAUGCGCAGUCUGCUGGAAUUGGCCGGUUAUGGAGAAAUAUACAGUGAGCUCUUCGCUGACGAUGAGCUGGAUGGAUUGGAUGGAUCCCAUUCGGCUUUGCGAAUUUCUUCUGCUACCGAUUUGAAGAACAUCAAAUCGUGGGCUGUAAAAGUCGACGUUGGCAUUCCUAUUCCGGACUUUGCCGCCAAAAUGCCUAAUAUGGCUCAUAAAUAUCCCUUUGAAUUGGAUAUUUUCCAAAAGCAAGCUGUGCUACAUCUGGAAAACCACGACAGCGUCUUUGUGGCAGCCCACACUUCCGCCGGUAAAACAGUAGUGGCCGAGUACGCCAUCGCUUUGAGCUUGCGCGCCAAAACACGCUGCGUGUACACGUCGCCCAUCAAAGCCUUAUCCAACCAGAAGUACCGCGACUUCAAGAGCACUUUCCACGAUGUUGGUCUGCUGACCGGCGACGUGCAGAUCGAGCCAAACUCCCACUGUCUGGUUAUGACCACUGAGAUCCUGCGCUCCAUGCUGUACCGUGGAUCGGAGAUUGUCCGCGACCUGGACUGGGUUAUCUUCGACGAAGUGCACUAUGUCAAUGAUGCCGAGCGGGGCGUAGUAUGGGAAGAGAUUCUAAUUAUGUUGCCGGCGCAGGUGGGCAUCGUGAUGCUCAGUGCGACGGUGCCAAAUGCCAUGGAGUUUGCCGACUGGAUCGGUCGCAUCAAACAGCGUAAAAUUUACGUGAUUAGCACCACGAAGCGCCCGGUGCCGCUGGAGCAUCAUCUCUUCGUCUGCGUGGGCAGCAAAACGAUUGACAAGGAUCUGGUGAUUGUCAGCACCAGAGGGGAGAUGCUGACGAAAAACCACUCGGAAGCAGUUGGCAUCCAGAAGGAGUACGAAAAGAAGAACAACAUCAAGAUGGGCUUGUCGCUCAGCGAGCGCCUGCCACCCAAACAAGACAAGACUGUCUGGCUAGCCUUUAUGGACUUUGUCCAACAGAAAGAACUCAUGCCGGUUAUUGCUUUUGUCUUCUCACGCAAUCGCUGUGAUCAACUGGGAGACAUGCUCAGUUCCUUGGAUUUGACCAGUCAGUCAGAGAAGCACACAAUAGUGACUUUCUUCCGGAAAGCCACAUCUCGUCUGAACGAAAGCGACCGAAAGCUACCGCAGAUUCUGCGCCUGGAGUAUUACCUGGAAAGAGGCGUCGGUGUGCAUCACAGCGGCAUUCUGCCCAUUAUGAAAGAGGCUGUGGAGAUGCUCUUCCAACAAGGUCUUGUAAAGAUCUUACUGGCGACGGAGACAUUCGCCAUGGGCGUCAAUAUGCCGGCGCGGAGUGUGGUUUUCGACAGCAUCCGCAAACACGACGGCACCGAAUUUCGCGAUCUGCACCCCGGUGAGUACAUUCAGAUGUCGGGACGGGCCGGUCGGCGCGGUCUGGACAAGACGGGGACGGUGUACAUUCUGUGCAAGAUGGCACGCAUCCCCGAUAGCUCCAAACUCAACCACAUGAUCCUGGGCGUGCCCAUGAAACUGCACUCGCAGUUCCGGCUGACUUACGGGAUGAUUCUGCAGCUGCUGCGCAUCGGCACAAUUUCUAUCAUGGAUGUGAUGAAGCGCAGCUUUUCAGAGCACAGUAAUGCCAGCCGCAACCCCGAGCAGGAAGAGCAGUUGGCCCAGUUGAUCGGUCAGGCCAAUCAGAUGGUGGAGCUGGAGUGUGCGGUUUGUAAAGCUGAUAUUGGAAAUUAUUGCCGGACAUUUGACAAUUGUCGUGCACUGCGGAAAAAGCUGAAUACUGUUCUUCUCAGUCCGGACAACCGUCUGCUGGCACCCGGCCGCGUGGUUACCACGAAUGCCGACAUCCAUCGUCCGCCCAGCGCCGGCAUCAUUGUCUCAGCACCCUCUCGUACACCGCAAUCGGAACGAUACUUUAGAGUGCUUGAAUUCAGUGGCUUGGAGGUGGGUAGUGUAGUGGCGGAUGUUAGACGACUGGCGUGCGGGGAGAUCCAUCAAGUUAUGAAUGCCACGGUCAAAGCCGAAACCGAGCGGAUCAUGUCCGAAGCGGAAGCGGCCAAAACAUCGAACAAAGCCAAAAAAUCGUUUCAGGAGGUGAUCGAAAAGGUUGCUUCGCAGAUUUCUGGGUUAAAAAAACUUGAACCACUGAGCCCUAACAAAGACUUCAAGCUGACCGAUAUGCAAUUUAUUGAGCAAUGGGAAGAGAUGCUGGCGCUGGAAUCAACAUUGAACUAUUUCGACUGCCGUAAAUGCCCGGAUUUCUAUAAGCAUGUGGAGCAAGAAAAACACCGCCUGGACAUCGUGGAUCAGAUUGCCCAGCUGCGCCACCUGCUUUCAAAUGAUAGUCUGCGUUUCCUCCCCGAAUACCAGCAGCGCCUGGACGUACUGCACCGUUUGCAGUAUGUCCUGCCCGACUUGAGUAUUACCGUCCGUGGGCGAGUAGCUUGCGAGAUAUCCACCACCGAGCACGAUCUCCUCAUGGCCGAAUGCGUCUUCCAUAAUAUCUUUACCGAUCGCCAGCCAGCGGAGAUCGUGGCUCUCCUCUCCGGACUGGUCUUCCAAGGAAAAGUGGACGCCGAGAUUGUCCUACCACCGGGACUGAGCGACGGAGUCGAGGCUAUGCGCAGUGUGGCGCUGGAAAUCGGACAAGCGCAGCGAGAGGCCGGGAUGAAGGAGGCCGUGAGCUAUGUGGCCGAUGCCAUGAAUUUCGGGCUGGCUGAGGUAGUGUGGCAGUGGUGUCUGGGGAUGCCGUUUGUGGAAAUCACCGGUUUGACUGAGGUGCAGGAGGGAAUUAUUGUCCGCACCAUGACCCGACUAGAUGAGGUUUGCCGGGAUGUCAAAGCCGCCGCCAAGGUCACCGGAAAUUCCAGAUUAAUGAGCAAGAUGGAGGAAGCACAAAAAGCCCUGAAAAGGGAUAUCGCGUUCGUGGGCAGUCUGUACACUACCGAUUGAACGUUCUUUCAUUUAAUUUUUAUUUGGUUUUUGUUUCGGCACAUAGAAAUUUUAACUGUUGACUUUUGAGAUAAAUUAGAGUCCAUCCAUGCAUAACAAAAUUCCCAAACCCGUGAUAACUGUUAAUAAAAGUGUAAAACCAGAUUCUGAAGAAAAUAUAAACAACUGGAAAAGUAUAUACAGCA